AGGGGCGGGGCCGGAGGGCGGCGCCUGCGCGGUGCGGCGCGGCCCGGCCGCGGCUCGGCGCAGGACGACACAGGGGAGCUGGGAGGGGGGUGCCGCCCCCGCCCCCCCCGCGGCACAGGCCCCCCCGGGACCCUCCCCCGCCAUGCCACCCCCCGCCGCCCAGCUCACCAUCCGCCCCAUGCGGCCCGACGAGGCCCCCGCCGUCCUGCAGCUCCUCCAGGACGCCUUCCAGGACGUGGAGACCCGCCUGAUCCUGCACGUGCUGACGCGGCCGCCGGCCCUGCUGCUGCUGGCGGUGGCCAGCAGCGCCCUGCGCCUGCUGCUCGGCUCCCUGCCCGCCGCCCUGCUGCUGCCGCUGGCGCUCGGCGGCGCCGCCCUCAAGGCGGCCGCCUGGCGCGGGCCCCACCGCCGCCCGCUGCCCGCCGCGGGGCUCUGGGUGGCCGUGGCGCCCGGCGAGGCCGCGCCGCGGGCCUGCGCCGCCCUGGAGCCCCGCGACGAGGCCGGGCGGGCGGCCGAGCUGUCGCGCCUGGCCGUGGGCCGCCGGCACCGCCGCGCCGGCCUGGCCCGCCGCCUGCUCGCCUUCCUCGAGGGCCGGGCGCGGGCGCAGGGCUACGAGCGGCUGCUGCUGCGGGUGCCCGCCGGCGCCCCGGCCGCCCGGGCGCUGCUGGAAGGUGCCGGGUACCGGCGCCAAGGCCCCCGCGCCUGGCUGGGCUGCGCCCUGCUGCACGAGUUCGGCAAGGAGCUCUAGCGCCCGCGGGUGCCCCCCGCCCGCCCGGGCGCCCCCCCAAUAAACCCCCCCGCUGGCA